GCCUGAAGAAGUGCCCAGGUGGAGCAUCAUGGAAGGCGACUGUCUGAGCUGCAUGAAGUACCUGAUGUUUGUUUUCAAUUUCUUCAUAUUUCUGGGUGGGGCCUGCCUGCUGGGCAUUGGCACCUGGGUCAUGGUGGACCCCACUGGCUUCCGAGAGAUCGUGGCUGCCAACCCCUUGCUCAUCACGGGCGUCUACAUCCUCCUGGCCAUGGGGGGCCUGCUCUUCCUGCUUGGCUUCCUCGGCUGCUGCGGGGCUGUCCGGGAGAACAGGUGUCUGCUGCUGCUCUUCUUCCUGUUCAUCCUGAUCAUCUUCUUGGCGGAGCUCUCGGCGGCCAUCCUGGCCUUUAUCUUCAGGGAAAAUCUCACACGUGAGUUCUUCACCAAGGAGCUCACCAAGCACUAUCAGGGCGACAACGACACAGACGUCUUUUCCGCCACCUGGAACUCGGUCAUGAUCACAUUCGGUUGCUGUGGGGUCAACGGGCCCGAAGACUUCAAGUUUGCAUCCGUUUUUCGACUCCUGACUUUGGAUAGCGACGAGGUCCCCGAGGCGUGCUGCCGGAGAGAACCCCAGACGCUGGACGGGGUGCUGCUGAGCAGGGAGGAGUGCCUCCUGGGCAGGGACCCGUUCGUGAACAAGCAGGGCUGUUACACCGUGAUCCUCAAUGCCUUCGAAACCUACGUCUACCUGGCUGGAGCCCUGGCCAUAGGGGUGCUGGCCAUCGAGCUGUUCGUCAUGAUCUUCGCCAUCUGCCUCUUCCGGGGCAUCCAGUAGAGGGCGUGGCCUG